AUGAGUUCCGGGUCCGUAACAGAAUCAGAUUUAAUAUCAGCGCUUCAAGCUGUUGGAGUAUCGCAUAAGUUGGAUGAAAUAAAUAGAUCUGAUGCAAGAUCUAUUUUAAACAAUGCAUCAAUAGGAACUGCAUUAAGUUUGUCAUCGAACUCAUUUCCUGUGUUUGAACGACCCGAUUCUCUUCGUAUUAUACACGAUCUUGUAGAAGGUCUUUUACGAGUACAGACACGGGAUUCAUCUAUUGCACUUCGCCAUUUGAAUGUUGUACUGUCAUCUCUCUUUAGAUUUCUCAAUGAUUCAAAUUCUGACGUCCGUAUAGCUGCUGAUGAAGGCCUGAACAAACUUAUCAAGUUCCUCCGUUCAAGUAUGACACGUUUAAUUUUGUUCGAACUGCUCAUGGAGCUAAAGCGUAAUCAAAACUCAAGAUCCGUAUCGGUUGCACUGUCGAAAUUUGCUUCAUUGUCUACACAAAUUAGAACAUCUAAACGCAGGUUUUAUGCAACCAAUUUACUACCUGUUCUCAUAUCAAUCUUUGAACAAGAAGAUGAUUUAUUAUUUGAAAACCUAACUGAUUCUUUUCGACAAAUCGCAAACGAAUUAUUUUAUUACGCAACUGAAAAAGAAUUACGCAGCUUUUUACGUACACAAAUUACACGGUUGUCAUCGAGCAAGGCAGUAGUACGCCGUUCAGUAGCCCAAUCACUUGUAAUCACAUGUCAGUCAUCUCGCGUACCACUCACUCUACUACGCUACCUACUUCACCUAAUAUUAACUGAAAUGGAUUCGCUCACUAGUGAUUCCCAGUUAGAACCAACAAAAGUUGUGUGUGAUAAAUCAUCAAUACCUUUUAAUUCUACUGCUUAUUGGACAGGUUUAUUCAACACAAUUCGUUAUUUAUCUAUUGGAUGGGAUCAAUUCUCAAAUAAAUUUAUGAAAAAUAUAUCUUUUUUAAACUUAAAUAUACCUCAAACUUCAUCAGUACAUUUAGAUUCUUACAAUACUCUGCAUUCUAGAUUAGUUGGAAUGCUUAAUCCAGAUGACUCAAUUCCUUUCUCGUCAGAAGAUAAAAUUGAUUCUCCAAAAAAAUUACUUAAAACUGAUUAUACAUAUUUCGAUAAUAGGAUGUGGUCAAAAGCAUUUUUCAUGUGUUUACAUUAUGCUUGCGAUUUGUCCACCUCAAAUUCUUUGAUGGUACAAACUGCAUCAUUAGAGGCAUUUGUUCAACUGUUAGUAGUUAGACGUCCACUCUUUUUAUUUCCAAUAAGUUGGCUUACAAGUAUUACAUCAUGUUCGUCACCAGUACCAUUAUCUUCCAAUCAGCAUUUAAAUGAUAAUACUUCUAAUAAUGAUAUUUUGAAUGAUAAAACAAUUAUUGAAUCAUCAUCUCAACAGUACAAACUGUAUGAAAGUGAGCUCAGUACCAAUAUUACUAACUCCAAGGAAACACCUGAUUUUGUUGCAAGCAAUCGUUUCCUUAGGACGCUUUCUUCAGAGUCAGUUGAUGAUAAGAGUCCAAGCUCAGAUUUUCAGUCAGUCGAUAGUUGUGAUACAUAUUUCAUUCGAUCGGCAUCCUCUUCCAGUUUAUCUUCUUCUAUAAAGAUAGAUUCAAAUGACACAGCAAUCAUUGGACAAGAGAUUCAAAAUCAGUUAUCUGCUGUUCGUGCUCAGUUGGCUAGAGAUGGAGAGAAAUCAGUGAAUAAUGACAAUGAUGAUGUAUUCAGCUAUUUAGGUUAUAAUGUUGUAGGUGAUUCAUACAGAAAUAUAGAGUUUGCUCAAACUGAUUAUAGUCAUGACUCAAUUAAUCCAGAAAACCAUAUAUACGAUCAGCAACCAUCGUCCACUCAUUUUUCGAAAUAUCGUCCUUUCAGCUUAUUAGAUCUCAUCAACUGCCUUAAUAAUCAAGGUGAACCAAUCAAUCUAGUUCAGGCUGAUUGGUUAUUACCUUUUCUUCUCUUAUCGUUUGAUAUGAUGCCGCAAGCCCAAGAAACUUCUAAAACUCAUCAUCAGUGGCCAAGGCCUUCAACUUCACCUCGAAUUAGUUUACAGUUGCUUGUUAUCAAUUGUUUAACCCAAUUAGCUCAGCUUAAUCCAUUUAUGUUUUUUGUUCAGCUAAAUGGUGAUCAGUGUUGUCCUAAUGAUCAACUGAGUGUAAAACAAAUUCAGUGGCCCACGGCAGUUGAGGUGAUUCUGGAAUUUCUCAGUAACAACAGUGACCCACAAGCUCAAGGUCAACUUUGCAUUCUCAUUGGGAAUUUGAUAGCCUCUUAUUUGGUUUGGCAAAAUCUAACAGAUCAAGAUCCUGGUUAUUUACUACUAAAUGAUCAUAAACUCGCUGUAUAUACAAGCCUAGAUCAUCUUUUCACCAAACUGGACUCAUAUUUAAAUACAGAUGUGUCUGGGAUAACUUUACGAUGGGCUUUAUCUGGUUUACGAGCAUGUUCUAACGCUUUAUUGUCUUGUGCUGAUCGGAAAUCCUCAUUUUGUCCAAAGGGAUCUAACAUAUUACCGGAUGAACUUUUGGUGUAUCGUUUUCUAAAAACACUGAGUUCAAUUGUUAUUCAUGCAUCACGUCAUCCUUAUCGAUUAGUUCGACGUGAGUUGCUAACCUUAGUCACUGAACUUGACUGGGCAUCUGUUGGAUAUUUAGAAGGAACACUGAAGACACAUGAAUUAGCAAAGUCAGCGCUGUUUUCUGUAAUGCCUGCUAGACUGAUUGAUUUGACAUGGACUGAGUGUUGGCGAAUUUUAUGUGAUACUGAUCCAGAUUUACGUGAAUUAGCUUCUACAGCAUUAGUUGCAUUAGCCUCCAAUCUGACUAGUGGCAUUGGUGAUAAUUUAGGUAUUUUUACUGGAGGUUUACUACCAAACCGUAUCAAGCGAAGUUUGCACUUUUGGCUGCCACAACCGUAUUCAAUAAUUAAAUCAAAAGUUUCAUGUUAUGGUUUGGUUGGUGCUUUGGGUGUUCAUGGUUUACCACCUUGUUUAUCUACUCUACCAAUGGAAAUGGAUGUUGGACCUAUUGGACGACAGUUUUAUCAAUCACAAAUGUCACAGUUAUUGUAUUCAGAGGCAGAAGACAAUAAAAUAAGUAACCAAGUUACCGAUUUUCGUUUAUGUAGUGCAGGAACUACACGUCUCUUCCGUAAAUGUUUGACUGCUCUAAUGGAAUUGCCAUGUUCUAGUAUUUUACCUGAAGAUCGCUACAUGCUGCUUGGUGUUGUUGGUUGCUUGAACCAGUUGAUUGGAUCAUCUCAUUUACUCAGUUAUUCUCAUUUAUGGUUUGAUCCUUCUCCAUCAUCAUCAACUACCUCUGAGAGCACUUUAUCAAAUGAAAAUUCCUUAAAACCUACUCACCGCAGAUCACGUCUAUCUCUCUUAUCUUGGCAUUGUCUCACUCUGUUGUCUUCAGCCCCAGUAACAUCACUUGACUUAGAACUCCAGUCUUCUUUAUUGAAUUUGUGUACUGGUUGUGUAACACGUUGGUCUGUCUAUACACUCUUGGAUAGAUCUUCGAAAGAUAAAAAUGGUAAUGAAUUACCUACUUCAAAUAAACAACAACCAUUUACUCGAUAUGCUUUGGCUUUUAUGCAACAUUUAAUGAGGGUUUGUUGCAUACUAUGGCAUAUUUUCGAAGGGAUUCGCUUACCUCAACAUCAUCAACAUGAUUCAGUAACCUCCAAAAUUCCAAUCAGUUCAAUUUACUCUGGUAUAUCCGAAUCAUUUAUGCAUUCUGUAGCGAAUUUAGCUCAGACAAAAACCCAUUUUCCUAUGACCAAAUUUGAUCACGAAAUCAUCAAUUCUCCUGCUGGUGCCGUCAAUAAUACUCCUAUGAGCGACAGUGGUACUAUUGGUAGUGUGGAUACAUCAUCUAGUAAGAAACGUAAUUAUGGAACAAAAUUAGGUGGUUCUCUGAGAAAACAUUUGCCAGCACCUCGACAUUCUCCAACAUUAACUUCUUCAACUCUUGGAUAUUUUGCAAACUUGCCACAAUAUAUGUUAUUAUAUAAAACCCUUAAAACUGCAUAUAAAUCUUUUAAAAUAUCGGCUGAUUUAACUGGUUCUCAUGAUCGAUUAAUGGGCUUAUUACAUACCUGUCUAUAUUCCUUCGGUCGAUUAUUGGAAAAUCUUCAUUUUGAUGAAACUGCUCCGUAUGCAGACGAAUUAUUAAUUUAUUUAACUUCAUUUUACAAUUGGCAGCCUGGUCCAUGCUUAGAGUUAUCAACUCAGUUACUACGAGCUUUUGUUGGUACAAACCUUUGUAAUCAAUGGGACGAUCAACUUUGUCAAUUAUAUUCAGAUGCAUUAAACUCUAGUGUUUCCGAUCAAGACAUAAAAAGUGAUUCUGAGGAGAAACAUUCUAAAAUUAAUUCAAAAAAUACUGUUGAUUUCCAUAUACGUAAAUUAUUGCAUCAGAAUAAAACAUUUACUAAUUAUCUAUGGGAUCAAAAUAUAUUGAAAGAAAGCAAGGUUUGUUGUUGGAUUACAUGCCCAGAGCUUAUUCAGUCACCAAUUUCUGCAUGGAUCCGUUUUGCUCGUCAACGUCGUAUUCCAGUCGGUCUUAAAUAUACAAGCAGUACAGAUAAAGCGUCGGCUACGACGCCAAAUCAAACGAUAACUAUGUCGGCAAUAAAAAUUAAAUCUGAUGCUCAAUUAUUUUUUAAACGCCUUGAACAUAUUGUGCUUUGUGGUAUGGAAAAUUAUAAAUGGACAAAUUGUUAUUCACUUCAAACGAAUAUAUUAGAUUUACUAAUUCAUUUAAUAUAUUUACGAAUGAAUUAUUGUCAACUUGAUGUACAACAGAAAUUUCUAGAUACUGUAAUUAAUCAUUGCGAGAAUCUGUCCUCGGAAAUUCAACGUCUUGAGACAGUAUCAAUGAUGAAUGUUAGCUCUUCAAAUCGUCAGUGUAUUAAAGGGGGUCAACUGUUGAAUCUGAAUAAACGAUUGUUAUCAUCAUCCUCAACAUCAGCAUUUACUUAUCGUGAUUUCUGCAAUUCUGAUUCAUUUCUGUUCCCCAUGAUGAAUUCGAGAGAACCGACUAUAUUACAACAACAUCAGCGUCUCGUGAACGCUUUAUUCCGUUUUUUGGUCACCUUGACUUAUCAAUACCGUGUUAUAUCAUCAUCUUUAACAUCAAUACCGCCAGCAUCAACGCUUGCACAAUCUAAGCAUCUUGAUUCUGGUAAUUCUGAAAACUCAGCUACUUCUCCUGCUUCUACUACCAGUAGUGCAAUCAACGGCAAUGGCGAGUCCAUCGAUUCACGUCUUGUUGAGUUAAGUCAGGUUGUUCAUUUAGCUGAAGCAUUAGCAGCAGAAACUUAUGAUCCUGGCAGUAUUGUACUAACUGCAAUGAUUCCAGUGAUCGUCGAUUUAUUUGUAAUUCAACAACCAUUAAAUCAAAGAAUUAAUAAACAAGCGGAAAAUGUUGAUCAAGCCAUAAUGAAUCAAAUUCAGCAAGCAAAUGCUCAACGUGAAACCAUUUUUAGUUUACUUUUACGUCGACUUAGUCAUUUACCAGCUAGUUAUGAUCAAAUAUCAUUGAUACUUGAAGAGGUGAAUAUAUCCACAAAAAUACGCAAAAGUGGAAAUGUCAUCUGCAUCAUUGAUUGUUUAACACAGAUUUCGAAUCAUAUCCUUUCUCAUCUGGCUACUGGUAUAGCUCAGAUCGAUAACUGUGCUGCCUUCGAUGCACUUCAACGUCUUCUGAAUCAUCUAGUUGUUAUCAUUAAUUCUUUGGACGAAAAUGAAUCAUCUCAAAUUGUUUGGAACAUCAUUUUAAAAGUUGAAGAAGUUCUUUACAAUGAAUUUCAUUCUAAGAUCCUUUUAGACAAUUAUAAUAUUUUGCAUUUUAUUCGUUGGACUGUGACACAAGUUUUUUGUGGUCGUUUCCUCUUUCAUCUAUUCAAUUGUUCCAGAAAAUUACAUCAGCCAAUAGAUUUUGACAUUUCUAAACGAAUAACAAGACUUUUUGAACAUUCACUGCUUGCAUUUCAACAAAUUAUUGGUGGUAUAAAAUUUUUUCUACUUUAUGAACCAAUGAUCAUUGGUCAAAUAACUAGUUUACAAUUUGAUUAUUCACUAAAAUCUACUAAUCUGAUUCUUUUGAUUCAUUUAUCAUUGAAUCAUUCUCUGAAUCUUAUAGAACUGGUGAAAUCAGACUUUUGCAUGAAUAUUGAAUGGAACAUUAAGCAGAUAACCUCAUUAAUCCAGGUUAUUCAUAAAACAAUUUACUCACUUGGAAAAUAUGAACCAUUGCUCUGUUUCUUGUGGUAUCAAUUAAUCUAUUCAAAAGAAUUAAAUAUAAUGAAUAUUCUACUGAGCAAUUAUCAUAUAAAAUCUUUUCCUAACAACAAUGAUGAUAAUUCAUUUAAAAUAUUUUUACCUAAUUUUUACAUAGAUUCCAAUUGGACAAGUAUAAAUUUAGAACUUGUUCAUCAGUUCAUUAUGAUAUCGUAUAUUCAAACACAAUUGAAUUCAAACAAUGUCGAUAUUGUCUUGCAAAAUCUCUUAUCACCAGUAAGUGAUGGUCAUGUGAAUUAUUCAUACCGAAAGAAAAUUAUACGAUUACUCAAUAUGUGGCAUUCAGGAGAACCUAUUGUUUGUGACUUAAUGUCGCAGUUAUCGAAUUCCAAAAGCGCAUUUAAACAAAUUCAUGAAGGGUUUAUGGAAAAUCUUUCGUUGAUGUCUCUUGAACAGAUACACUUUAUUCUCAGUAAUAUGUUUGACAAAAUUCAUACAGAAUCAACAACUUAUCAACUUGACACAUUGUUCAAUAUAUUUAUUACUCCUCAAUGUAAGCCGGUUUCAUUUGAAAAAGGAAAACAUUGUUCAACUUGUACAAGGAGUACUAUGCCAAUCAGUUUACGAAUUAUCGCAUCUAUUAAAGCCUGUAAUAUAUUAGAAUGGAUUCUUAAAACCUGUGAUAAUAAGGUCGAGAAACUACAGUGCAUGGUGCCAUAUCAUGUCCUGUUGAACUAUCGCACGCGUUUAAUAACACUCAAGAACAAUUUAAAAUCAGAUAGAUUACUUAAUUUGCUCGACGAAAUUAUCAAAUUUACGAAUGAAAAGCCUGAUAAAACUGAGAAAUAUAUUUCUCCCAGCACGUUAACUCAUGUUAAUUUUAACGCAAUCAUAAAGCAACCUAAUGAGACCACUUGGUUAUUGAAUUCAGCAAAAGAUCUCUUGAUGCAAUAUAAUUUAUCAGCUGCAUUGAAUGGAAUUCGAUUGAUUCAUGCUCUGUCAGAAUGUUCGAAUAUUAGGGAAAAAAAGAUAUCCAAUAUUCUCAAUUCUGUAUGCCUUCGAUGCUCUCCACGAAUGCUGUACUAUGCUUUGGUACUUGGUUCGUCAUCCGCGUCUUCAUCAUUAUCUCUAAGUUCCCUUUCUGCCGUACCUGAAAUUACAAAUCAAACUCAUAAACCUUGUUCAAAAACAUCACAUAUCACACCUUGUGUAAAUGUCUUAUUUCGAGUUGCUCAGAAAAUUCUGUUUCAAAAUAUACAGAAUAUUGUCACAAAUCCCAGUGAAUUGUUCACAGAAAUCGAAGAUCCGAAUUUGGCUGAUUCUGUACAAACAUAUUUAACCGGUCUAUCAUUCGCUUUAUUAGAGUUUCUUCGAGUUUUACCUCAUUUACCACUGGGGGAUUUAGUACCAAUUGAAAAGGAAACAGAUGCAUUGAGUUUUCUACUCAUUCUUAUCGAAUUCUCUUUUCAUUCAAUGGGUUAUCCAUAUUCUAAAAUAGCUAGUGUUUGUUCAGGCAAUAAUUAUUCCAAUACUGAUCAUGUAUUAAAUCAGUCACAAAUUAUGAACAAGGAUGAUGAUAAUAAUAAUAAACCUCCACGAUAUUAUAUCGUAUCUGUAACAAUGAUACAAACUAGUCUUCGAUUAUUAAAUUAUAUUUUACAAACAGCACUAAAUCGUUCUGCCAAAGGAGUGGAUUUGUUCGGUGGUGAUGGUAAAAAGAUUUUAUCUAUCUUUCUUGUCUUCAUAUGGAUGAUUGAUAAAUCAGCAUGUCUUUCUGAGUAUACAACAAUUUGGUCUAAAUCAACCAACCAGCAUAUGAUAAUUGCUGUUCAAAGAAUCCUAGAUGAAUAUACACAGCAAUCGAUAACAAAGCCAUCGUCAUUAUUACCUGCACAAUUAUCUACAACAAUCUUAUUAAAUAAUUUACUCACUCCUUUACAUCCACCUAUUAUGGGUUUAUGGUGGCCUGAUUCGAUUUGUGCAUCGACUCUUUCUUACUUUUGUGCCGCAACUGCCUCAGUUGCAUCGUUUUCCAUAUUAAAUUCCAAUACGAAUCAGACAAGAUUUGGAAAUAUAGAAGGUGGAUUUAUUCAACCAUGUCAACUGAUUGGCAAGUGUAGACUGUUACGUUCUAACUUUAUUCAGUCAACGGGAUUAGAUAUAGUUGGUCAAUUAAACAUUUGCACCUUAGGAAUUUCUCGUCUCCUACAUACUUUGAAUGUAUCUAGUUCAUACAGUUACAGUUCAAUUAAUAUGUCAUUUCAUGAAUCUAAUGAUGUGAAAACGUCAGAUUGCAUUAAUUCAUUUGUAAACCUGGAUUUAGAUCAUUUAAUAGUGAACAUUACCCGUCUUAACGCUAUGGGUUGGUUAGAUCGUAGAGAAUUUGAAAGAAUUUGGACAAAUUACUUAGAAUUAUUAUCCUCUGCAUCAGAUGCUCAGCAAAAUAUCUACUCAAUUAAAAUAGAAUCUGAUAACGGACAACUAACAAGUUCAGAGGAAUCAAUUGAAUGCAAUCAGUCUAUUGUAAUUGGUCUACGUGGUUUAACACGAUUGCUUAUGGAUACGUCAUUGAAACCUCAACCUGGUGAUACAUUAUACUCCCGAUUACAUCAUCACUCUCGCCUUGGAACACCACAUUUCUCUCAUACUAAACUUGGUCGAAAAUUGAUUUCAUUACUAACUAUGAUUGAACGGGAACAGGAUUAUAUAAAUAAUUCUAACGAAUACUCUCUAAUAUGUACAACACAUUCGGAAUAUAUGAAUCGACUAAAUGAAACUGGAGAUUUAGAAUUAAUUAAUUUAGAGCGUCUAACAAAUUGGUUUUUAGAUGGUCCUAGUCAGUUUGCUGUAGAUCGAUUAAUUCGACGUUUACGUAUGAGAGAAAAUCCUAAUCCAACCGUAUGGUCAUCCGUUAUUGAUCAUCCCAGUGAAGGUGAAAAACUGCAGUUAACUACGUCACAAUCUAUUAACCCUUUACCAAUUCCAAAGUCUAAUCAUCGUCCAACUAGUGUUCUUACAUUACAAAAUUAUGAAGAUCCUUUAUUUUCAUGUCUUCAGUCAUUACAGUUAUUUUACCAUUCAUGUCUUAAACCAGAACCUUUUACUAUACGAUCUGAUAAUGAAGAUAUGAAUACUUUACUGUUGGGAACUUCAAAGCUUGUUGAUUUAUUCACAUCUAAUUCAACUAUUUCCUCUUCUCUGUUAAAUAAAAAUUCUACUUUUAAACAAAUAAAACAGCAAACUUCAACGGUGAAAGGACCAGCUUUUGAUGUUUGGCAAUCAAUUCUCCAGUCAGCUAUCAUUUUAUCCGAUUUAUUUACAACACAAGAACAAUUUAUUUGGUUAAAUGAUCAUUUACAAGAUGCAUUAAAACAAUUACCAACAUGGGAUGAAUUUCAAUCACCAAUACAUUUAUGGUUAGCAUUAGGGAUUUCAAAAUGUACUGCUGUAUUAGAAUUAGUUAACAGUUCACCAACUAAUUCGCAUGUACUUCAACCUUAUUCACUUGAACCAGCUGUAAAACAAACAAUGAAUGCUAUUAAUUCUAGUUUAUUAACAGUACAAAAUGCUGGUUUACAUAGUGCAAUGUAUUUAUUACAUGCAGCAUUAUUAAUUAGAAGACAACCAUAUCAACAACAAUUACAACAACAUAGUCCACCAACUGGUUCAUCGUUGUUAAAUGAACUUUAUACAUUUUUAUACAGUUAUUUGGAAAAGAAGAUUAACACUAUAUUCUGUAAUUCAAUAAUAACAAAUUUACUGGGCACCGAAACAUUAAUUAACCAGAAUUUAUCAGUUUCUCCUAAUGGAUCAUCCGGUAUGAAACGAUUCAUGCAAGCUGUACUUCAUCCAGGUACGGCUAGCAAAAUUACUAAUACUUCUAGUGUGGAACGAGAGUCUUCUAUAAUUCAUUUAUCAAAUAUUGAUUUGACAGAUCAUAUAGAACAACAUCAAUUAAUGAUACUUUCAACAGCGUUUUUCUUAACCGAACAUUUUUCUGGUCCACCAGUUUAUCCCAUUGUAACAGAUCCAGGCAAUGGUAUUACAGAAAUGUUAUCUGGUCUAACAGCUAUAUUGUUUCGAUUAGCAUCAUGUAUGCUUAGUGAUGUGCCUAUAAUGAAUCAGUCAAAAUAUACAAAUAACGCUAAAUGUUCAGCAUUGAGUACAGGGACUACAGUAGAUUUGAGUUAUUCCUUUCCAGUCCAUUUGGCAUGGUGUCAAGGUAUUGAACGUCUCAUUCAUACCGGACGCCUUGGUAAAGGCGCUAUUGGUAGCCUACAGAAAAUGUGUAUCAGUCGAAUACGAACCUGUCGCUCGCCUCAUAUUAGUUUUCUUGCUAUUCGUUUACUACUAACUUGUAUGUACACAAGCUUAGGACGGUUGAACGAUCGCAUUCAACAUUAUAGACGUAUUCAUCAUACUCAACAAUCAGACAGUACCAGCACUAAUUGUGAAAUAAAUAUCAAUAAUAAAAUUAACCAAGUUGCUAUGUCAAAUGAAGAUACACCUGGUCAGUGCUCAACGAAACCUGAACCAAAAGUCCCUGACCAUAGCCCUCUCGAAUCGCUUCCUUCGUCAAUUCUACAAGAUUCUGAGAAUAUUGUGGCUAUUACUCAAGAAUCUAUCAAUUGUCUAUGGGAAAGAAUUCGUGGUGGAAUAUCGCUUAUUAACUCCCCCGUUCAACCUACUCAUGGAUUACACAUUGCUUGGACAAGUGUUACUGAAGCUCGUUUGAUUACAAGAUUGUUACCAUUUAUCAGCAGUGAUGUGACUCAAACUUUUAUGGGUCUAAUAAGCACUCCAGAAUCAAUGAAUAAACAGUCAAUCCUUUCAUCGUCAAUACUUGGUUGUGAUUCUCUACCGAAUUCUGUUUUAAAUAAAGCCUUAGGUGAAUUCGCUCGUGCUGAUCAUUCAUUUCCUAAUUUAGCAGCUUCAAAUUUAGCUCAGUUAUUUGAAAGUUUUAUGCAAAACGAAAAUGGUCAAAAUUUAGUCCGACAGUGGGUACUUCUUUCAUUUCCUACACUAUUAAGUCGUCAACCCUCUUAUUUGGCAAUAUGGGCUUGUACUGUAUGUCUGUUAGCUGCGGCUACAGAACCAAAACUACGUACAGCGCUAUUUUUAUGUUAUACUCAUAAAUUAUCCAACACUGAGCCAAAUAAUUCAUUCGAUGUAGGCACUGAUACUGCUACUACUACCAACACUAAUAAUAAUAAUAAUACUAAUAAUAAUAAUAAUACUAAUAAUAAUAAUUCACCUUCUUCUUCUUCGUCAGUUGUCAUCACAUCCAGUAUAGAUCUAUGGUUAAAUGACCUUUUAUGCUUAGCUGCUUAUCAUUUUGUUACGGAUGGUUUAUUAAAACCUAUUUUGAAAUCGGAAUCAGAGAUACUGUAUAAUAAACGUCAAGCUGAACGUGAGCAUUUUCUUGCUUUGAUCAAAGAUCAUUGUGAUACACUAUGUACUACUAAUAAUAAUUCCAAUGUUACUAAUCCAACUACUACCGGUGCAACAAACGACAUCAGUAGUAGUAGCAGUAGUAUUAGUAACAAUAAUAAGCCAUUUUUCAACAAUAAUAUAAAAAUUAAUGCUGAAAAUUUCUCUAUAUUUCAUCAGUUAUAUACAAUAAUUAAAAAACAAGUAUCUGACAAUUCAUCAUAG